CAUGUUCAUCAUCGGGGAGUCCAAAUGACAUCCAAAUUGAUAGUAUUUUAUUUUUCUCUGCUUUUCCUUGAUAGACAGUGAGAGUUGCUUUUGAUUUACAGAGCCCUUUAAUCCUCACUAUAAACCUGAGCACAGUCAUUUUCUGUGCUUUACAACACUUUACAAGGUAGAGCCUCUGGGUAGGUUAGUAACUUCUCUGGUGCCCUCAGCGUGUGGUGGCCAGAGUUACAGUGCUAUUUCCAUCACACUCACUGCUUGAUUCAUGAUUAGACAGGUCCUACUUUUUGUGCUUAGGAUUUCGCUGUAUCUCUGAUGCCCACAUCCAUCUUUACCUGACAAAGGCCAUUAACUACUUAACUGCUCUCUGCCUUGACUAAUUGUUCAAUAAUUUUGACUAUGGGGCUAGCAGUUGGCAGGCACUAAGACACAAGACUAAGGUCCUGGGAAUGGGUCACUCCCACCAAUGGAGCUCUCCAGUUACUCCUGAACAGGAGCAGGAACAUUAAUUUUACUUCCUUUUGCAGAAAAGAAUAACCAAUCUAUCCAAUGCUAGAGAACUUUAGAAAGAUGUGAAGGUACCCUGAGCCCAGAAUUGAUGAGGUCCAGAGGAGAAAUUCAGCUCCAAAGGGAAGAAGUGUGUGGAAACCUAAAAGCUGUUUGGGGCGAUCCUUUGGCACAUAGAAAACCAGAAGCCAUUGAUGAAUGGGACAGUGCUAACACCUUCGAUGAAGCACCUGCUAUGUCAGAAUCCAAAGUCUGCUUAGGCAGGGGCAUGCCUGCGCAUACCAAAACAUCUGGAAGGAACUGUGGAUACCUGUUCAUGGCCAAGAGCAGGCUCUGGGCUGAAGACAGUUGACUCUGAGCAGAGGAUGGCUCCAAGAGGAUUUAUUACUAAAUGCUCAUUUUAAGGGCAGGAGAAUAGACCACACAUGAGUGAAAGUACACUGGGAGAUGUAGGGAUUGGAACAUCAAGAAUGAGAAAACUGACUUCAUACCCCACGAAGGGGACCUCGGGGCAAAAGGGGCUUUCCUGCAGACAGGAACUGGGGAGUCAAUUCCAUGCUAGACUACUGGGCCUUUGGACUAUGAAGUCCAUUGCUUAUUUGUAGUAAUGGGCUUUCUUUUCUUUUAAUCAAAUCUUGUUUUUCAAAGGAGGAGUUUGAACCAACUUACAGGAUUGUUUGGUGAAACUUUUCCAAGUCUCUGUCCUUGGUUUUGAUCAAGCUAAACUGAUCAAACACAGGAUCUGUUGGCUCCAGGUUUAUGCUAUGAUACAGUUUUUGCCAGGUGAAAUGACGCCCACUUAGUCUUCAUAAUAGAGCCAUAAACAGGAAGGAUUAGUGUGUGGGUUACCUGAAAAAUCCUGUGAACCCCCCGUUGUCCCCAAUUGUCUAUGUCUGGGGGAACUUAGUAAAGGGAGGAGCUUCCUAGGAACUCUCUGUGUUUAGCCUUCAUCUUCUGCCAAUGAUUUACCUACCCCUGUAUUGUUGAAUUGGAAGACUGGGUGGUGAUUUAUCAGAAAGUGUUAGCAGGAAAGACUUGUCAUUUCAGAGACUUCAAAUACUGGCUAACUGUAAGUUUCUGGCUAUAAGGUAAGCUCUGAUUUACUGGUUUUGUCUUUUCUAAAUGAGUUACAUAGAAUGUGAAAAAUGGACCUCCCAGGAAUGGAGACCCCUAUUCUCUUGAGUUCGCUAGAGUCGGUGCUAACAUUUAUGGAGAGGGAGGCCCUGAGCAGCCAGGAGAGAGAAGGGGCCAUGCUGAAGGAGCUCCAGCUCUCCCUGUCUGUCAUCCUGCUGCUGGCCUGUGGCUUCCUCUACCACUUUACUCUGAAGUCCGGUUGCCUCUUCUCCUGCCUUCCUCUCUUCAAGUCCCAGCAGGGGCUAGAAGCCGUCCUGAGCCAUGGGCACAGCAUUGUGUUUCUAGAGACCUCGGAGAGAAUGGAGCCACCCCCAUUGGUCUCCUGUGCUGUGGAGUCUGCAGCCAAGAUUUAUCCGAAGCAGCCUGUGGUGUUCUUUAUGAAGGGGCUCAACAACUCCAUGCAGCUGCCCUUAAACUCCACAUACCCAGCUUUAUCCCUCCUCUCGGCCAUAGACAACGUUUUCCUCUUCCCUUUGGAUAUGAAAAGGCUAUUUGAAGACACGCCAUUGUUUUCAUGGUAUACUCAUAUCAACGCCAGCACAGAGAGAAACUGGCUACACGUCAGCUCCGACGCUUCCCGCCUGGCCAUCAUCUGGAAAUACGGUGGCGUCUACAUGGACACAGACGUCAUCUCCAUCAAGCCCAUCCCUGAAGAGAACUUUUUGGCUGCACAGGCCUCUCAAUACUCUAGUAAUGGGGUGUUCGGGUUCCUCCCCCGCCACCCCUUUCUGUGGGCAUGCAUGGAGAACUUCAUUGAACACUACAAUUCAGACAUUUGGGGCAACCAAGGCCCCAAUUUGAUGACGAGGAUGUUAAGGGUAUGGUGCAAACUCGGAGACUUCCAGGAACUGAGUGACCUCAGGUGUCUCAACUUGUCCUUCCUACACCCGCAAAGGUUUUAUCCCAUCUCCUAUCCAGAGUGGAGGCGCUACUAUGACGUCUGGGAUACGGACCCGAGUUUCAAUGACUCUUAUGCCCUUCAUUUGUGGAACUACAUGAACCAGGAGGGGAGGGCUGUGGUUAGAGGAAGCAAUACACUAGCAGAAAAUCUCUACCGCAAGCACUGUCCCAGGACCUACAGGGACUUGAUUCAAGGGUCAGAGGCAUCAGUGACUGGGGAGCUGGGUGCAGGUAGCAAAUAGAGUCAAUGCUGGGGUGCUGCUGCUACAUCACGGAACUGGA